AUGGACGUUAUUACCUCAACAGCGACAGCUAUUAUAUUGAAUAAUCCCCACACGCUAUGGAUUCUGAUCGUCGGCUUCGUGUUGGCCUUCAUUCUUGGAGCCGGGAUGGGCGGAAAUGAUGUGGCGAAUGCAUUUGGCACAUCCGUCGGCUCCAAGGUGGUCACCAUCAUCCAGGCCUACAUGCUGGCCACGGUGUUCGAGACGGCGGGUGCGAUGCUUGUCGGCUCCUUCGUCGUCGACACGAUGCGGAAAGGGGUGGUUGACACGACGCUGUACGACCAGGAGCAGCAGCUGUUCAUGCUUGGCCAGUUGGCUAUUUUGGGAGGCUGUGCCGCGUGGCUGAUGAUAGCUACAGUAAUGCAAAUGCCCGUCUCGACGACCCAUUCGAUCGUGGGGGCGACGAUCGGCUUCUCCAUCGUCUGCAAGGGGCUCGAGGGGAUACGGUGGAUUGAGAUUGGAAAGAUUGUGUCAUCCUGGUUCCUCUCGCCCGCCCUAUCGGGCUUCCUCUCAUCCUCCCUCUACCUCAUCGUCGACCAUACCGUACUCAGAAAGCCAAACGCCCUCGAAAGUGGCUACAUCGCGCUGCCAAUCUUCUACGCCGUUUGCGUGGGCGUCAACGCGUUCAUGGUCGUCUACCAGGGAUCGCCAGCCCUCCACUUCGACAAAAUCCCCUGGUACGCGGCGAUCCUGAUUUCGGUCCUAAUCGGGCUGCUCACCGGUUUUGCCGUCCAUUUCCUGGCCAUCCCGAGGAUCCGCAGAAAAAUUCGAGACAGCCACUCGACGUCGAGCGGAACGAGGAGCAACUCGGACGGGGAGCUCGUCAACGAGUCGACCGUCGAGAAACGUGUCGCCGCCUGGGAAUCACUAGAAGGCACGAAAACGAUGCCCGCCCUGACGAUGCCCGGCCGGCCUGCUUCUGAAGAACCGAGGACAGGCUUAUCGUGGCUUCUCCCGAGACCCGGACAAAUCGAGGAGACGGCCGUGCUCGAGCUGUUCAAGUACAUCCAGCUGUUCACCGCCUGCUUCGCUGGCUUUGCGCACGGAGCAAAUGAUGUUAGUAACGCUAUCGCCCCCCUCAGCGCACUUUGGGCCAUUUGGAAUAAAGGAAAUCAGGAAGCCCCCGUCGACUGGUGGAUCGUCCUCUACGGCGUGGCAGCCAUCUGCGUCGGUCUGUGGCUGCUCGGCCACCGCGUGAUCAAGACGGUCGGCACCGAGAUGAGCGAGAUCAACCCGGCGUCCGGCUUCACCAUCGAGUUCGGCGCGGCGAUGGCCGCGUUGAUAGCUAGCAAGCUCGGACUGCCGAUUUCGACGACGCACUGCUUGGUCGGCUCCGUGGUGUGCGUCGGCUACUUGAGGUCACGAGAAAAUGUCGACUGGCGAAUCUUCCGGAAUAUUGCUGUUUCUUGGGUCGUCACUCUGCCAGUUGCAGGCCUAAUCGGUGCCGGCAUCAUGUUCCUGCUGAAAACGGUGGCCCUCGACAAACCCAGU